UACAAACAGCUGUGCGUAAUUCAUGUCCAAGCAUAAGGAGUGCGUGACCGGGAUAUCGAUUCUAUUAUUGAUUAAAAAAAACACAAGAAACGCAAACCGGACUGUUUUUUCUUAGAACACCAAGGUCGUUUCUGAGGACAAUAGAGAGGAGAGGCCAGUAUCAACUCUGCUUUUCGCUUGAUGCGAUUUCAGUGAAAGGGGCGAAGAGCUUCCAGACGCAGAGUGGAGGAGAGAAGCAGACUGAGGACUGGAGGAUCGAUGGUCGGGAAACUAAAGUGAACUUUCCUUUACGGGUAUCUCCCGAUGUUGUUGUAAUUAAAGACUGGAUUGCGGAGUUAUCCUCAUGGGACUGGGGGCCUCAGUCAGGAUAAAGAGAGAGAGGACCCUCAGACCAUCGGACCUUUGGAGAGCUCACUACAUCUCACCGGUGGAACGGACGGCAGCUCCUUCUGCUGGUUUCCACUCCUGGAGGACUACAAAUGACAGCCUACUAGUUUGAUAGUGAUAAGUACAUCAUAUUCAUUCAUUGGACUAUACCAUAUAAUAAGGAAUAGCUUUUGGAUUCAUGGUUUUGGACGCGCUUCAAGUUCCUAGGCUCCGAUCGUUUCAAAACUUCAGUACAGCCUAACAUGGCCUGUUAAAAUGCAUCCUUUCCUAGGAAUGUAACGCGUGUGAGGAAACCUUUAUGCACUAGAGGACCGGUUCUUUAUUUUUCCUCCAACCUAUUUUCCACAUGUGUCUUUUAAAACGCAUUUCCAAAGAAGAAGAAGAAUUCAUUGUCAAUCAGUCCAAGACAGCGAUGAGCGGACCCCAACACCUCGCCAUGGGCCUGCUGCUGCUCUGCGCUCUGAGCGCACACUUUGGAGACACCAGGGAAUCCGCCACGGUGGCGAGGAACGAACAUAGCCUGAGGCACCACGCUGCGAUGGUAAAACACCUGGACAGGAGCCGGGACACACACAGCCACAGCGAGACGGCCAACCGCUUGUCAGCAGCGAGGAGGGAAGCUCCAACCGGGACAAGGGUUUUACGCACUUUUGGAACCGAAAUGGCGGACACUCCUGUGGCAAUAUCAGCUAGAGAUAUCACAAAGAAAGAAAAGUUUAUACAACACUUAACAGGACCUCUGUACUUCAGUCCAAAGUGUCGGAAGCACGUUUACAGGCUGUACCACAGCACCCGGGACUGUACAACACCUACCUACUUCAAAAGGUGUGCACGACUCCUCCGGCGGUUAGCGGGCAGCCCACAGUGCACUGAUGGGUAGCACCCUCCAGGUUGUAGCAGUGCUCAUGAAUCUCAGCCAAAGAGGAAUAGGACGAGAAGGUGAACAAACACAUCUGUAUAAAGAAGUGCCUUGGACUGUACCGGUUGCGGCCAACUCCUUCUGACCUUCCAACUAUGCAGAAAGGUCCAGAAUGGUCCUGCAGUGGUCUGACCGUCCUGGACAUGGAUCGUUAGCCCAACAGGUCCCCUACACCCGGGGCCCACCACCUACAGCCCCCCAAAACCAGGGUCCACCACCUAUAAGAGGUUGUAAAACCAAAGCCAAAGAAAGACUUUAAAGAAAUGGAAGUGAAAUGGAAGAGGAAAAUGUAGGUGGACACACACGACCAAACAUCAGAAAAUUACCAAAGUGGCAUUAAUUUUUUGCUUAAAAGAAUCAAAAGGGAUGCAUUAUUUUUUCAGUGUUCGGUUGACUUUGAAAAGAACGGAAGGAUCUUUUGAAGAAAGGGGUUUCUGACGUCUACAGAUGUGUGUUAAAGCUUGUGUUGGGCCUGCCAUACUGCACUUGUUCCUGGACAACACGCCAUGUAGGACCUCGGCCAAGGCCUACUACCUUCGUCUGCUUGUGCUAACACUGAAAACUACUCUUCAAUUAUUAGUUGCACCAAAAGGAACAUUUUCUAAUCUUUGGAUGUCGUUACGAGAGAAAAAAAACAACCCAGGACCAUUUUCUCAGCACUGGUCCCACUCACUAAAUAUGAAUAGCACCCGACAAACCUUGGUUUAGUGUUGUAUAUUCUAUCAAAUAUAUUUUGGAGUUGCCAGUGUAUAUUCUGUAGAUUAUAAACAUCUAUACAAAGUGCAAUAUGUAUACUGUAAGGCAAAGCUUGAAAGGAAUAAUCUAACUACCAUGUUUGCCAUUUAUGAAGUGGGUGUUGAAAAGCAUAUAUAUUUAAAUAAAUUAAAUAUAUUUAAUAAAUUAUAACAUUGAUAUAAUAUAAAUGGCUUCUGUUGCGUUUGCAUUGACAAUAAAAUGAGCACAUUUGUGAAGGCGUCUUUAGGGACAAGGCUUUAGUCAAAGCUCUUAAUUAAGUCCCAGUGUGAAUGGAAUGGAAAAAGGCAACAUAUAAAUGCUUAAUAUUUUGUAUCUAAACAUUACAUUUCCUAAACAUAGG